AUGGACGUAUUCGUCGUCGUUAAGAUCACCGGAGACACAACCACUGAGAAGAUAACACCGUUGCACAAAGACGGCGGCACCAGCCCCAAGUGGAACCAUCCCAUGCUGUUUACCAUCAACGGAACCCUUGUUCAAACAAAUACACCGCUCAUCACUUCCUGGCUCGUAUGUUGCCGCACCUUUCGUGGUGACAAAGAGAUUGGUGAAACCCAAAUUCCCAUCAAGGAUCUACUCGACAGCGCCGGUAGAGGAAGCCCUGCUAAGUAUACCACGUACCCGGUUAAGAAACCAUCGGCAAGGUAA